UGGAAGUGGUGCGUGCGGUUGUGUUGACCACCGGGGGCCGGAUUGCUGCUGCUGUCAUGCCGGGCGCCGCCGAGCGUGGCUCGGAGCUGUCGGAGCAGAUAGAGGCCUUUGUGGCGCGGCUGCGGGGCGGCGGGGAACGGCAGCGCUCCGAGGACACGGCGCGGCAGACGCUGUCGCUUCUGCGGAAGAUCAUCGCACACGGGCGAUGGAGCAAGGCCGGGGAGCUCAUGGAUCUGAUCCGGACAGAAGGACAGAGGAUGACGGCAGCCCAGCCGUCUGAGACAACUGUGGGCAACAUGGUGCGGAGAGUGCUGAAGGUCAUUCGGGAAGAGUAUGGCAGGCUUCAUGGGCGCAGUGAGGAAAGCGACCAGCAAGAAUCCCUGCACAAACUCCUGACUUCUGGAGGACUGAGUGAGGAUUUCAACACCCCUUAUCCUCUCCUCAGAGCUAAUGUUAUUGAAGCUAUUAAUGAGCUGCUAAUAGAGCUAGAGGGCACCACUGAUAAUAUUGCUAUGCAGGCACUGGAGCACAUCCACUCCAACGAGGUGAUCAUGACCAUCGGCUACUCGCGCACAGUUGAGGCCUUCCUAAAGGAAGCUGCCCGCAAGCGGAAGUUCCAGGUCAUUGUGGCAGAGUGUGCACCCUUCUGCCAGGGUCACGAAAUGGCUGUCCGACUAUCUAAAGAGAACAUUGAAACUACUGUCAUGAGUGAUGCAGCUAUUUUUGCUGUCAUGUCUCGAGUCAACAAGGUCAUCAUUGGUACAAAGACAAUCCUGGCCAAUGGUGCCCUGAUUGCUGUUAGUGGGACUCACACUCUGGCGCUGGCAGCUAAACACCACUCCACUCCACUCAUUGUUUGUGCCCCCAUGUUCAAGCUUUCACCUCAGUUCCCUAAUGAAGAAGAUUCAUUCCACAAGUUUGUGUCACCACAGGAAGUGCUGCCAUUCACAGAAGGGGAGAUCCUGGCAAAGAUCAACGUCCACUGCCCAGUGUUUGACUAUGUCCCUCCAGAGCUCAUUACCCUCUUCAUUUCCAACAUCGGGGGUAAUGCACCUUCCUACAUCUACCGUCUCAUGAGUGAGCUCUACCACCCAGAUGACUAUGAACUCUAAUGCUAUGAAGCACAUCCUUCUCCAGACGCUUCCUGUCUUUCUCUCAAAGGUACAACAGCUAAGUGAAACGUACAUCGCAGAGACCGGGUGCUGCGGGGAAUUCUUCUCUGCACUGUCUUUCCUACCCAAAAAUCAACAGAAGGCAGAGCUCUUGUACAGGCUUUGAUCUCUGUGCUGUGUUACAAGCCACGUGCUGCUGCUAACCCACUUUGGUUUUGAAAUGGCAAGGCAUACAUGCAACCCUCCAGGGCAGCUAGGCUGUUACUUCAAAGUGUGCUGCAAUAAAGGUUGUUUACAGUG